CGGAGACGGAACUUUACUUGAUGCGUAUGGUGGCGACGUAGCCGCGCGCUGCGCCACCAGUCGCCGGGGGGGCCGGCGCGACAAGCCCCUCGCGCCACGGGAUCGCCGGAAAUAUCACCGCGAUCCGCGCGGUUGGCUCGUUGGUUCUCACCUAGCUCCUUUCCCGCGCUUCCGCCCCCGCUGCCCGCGCGCGACUGCGCUGCGCUCCGCUCCGCCGGCAGCCGGGGCCGUGGACAGCAGCGGUGGUAUGCCGAUCGAUCUUCUCCCGUGUCGGUUCUUGUUCUCUCCCUCCGCGGCGAGUAGGGUCCCCAGCAGGAGAGCGAUCACGCUUCUCUCUGCGGGCGCUUCGCCAUCAACGCCGUCGAGGUCACGGACGACAGGUGCCCCUUCUGUCCGGCAAAAGCGCGUGCGUGCCGCGCCAUCGGUUCCCAGCAAGCAGGCGGAUCGACCUGCCGGUGAGAAUGGCAAGACUAUGAGGAGGCGGCGGCGGCGGCCGAAGCCGUCUCAGGAGGAGCGGCGGGAAGAGAGAGGAUGCGUGCCGUCGAUGGAUGAGGCGUCCAUAAGGGUCGGGACGCUGUACCAGAACGGCGACCCGCUGGGGCGGAAGGAGCUUGGCCGGUGCGUGGUGGAGUGGCUAAGGCAGGGGAUGCAGUCCAUGGCGUCCAAGUUCGCCUCGGCCGAGCUGCAGGGCGACAUGGCGGACCUCGACGCGGCGGCAUUGGCUCAGGAGUGGGGAUCUGCGGACGGAAGGCUUGGGUUUGUGAUCCAGGCACAGCCUUACAUGUCGGCAAUCCCCAUGCCCCAGGGUCUCGAAGCACUCUGCCUCAAGGCUUGCACACACUACCCUACACUGUUCGACCAUUUCCAGCGUGAGCUCCGUGAUGUUCUGCAGAGUUGCCAGAACCAGGGACUCAUCUCUGAUUGGCGAUCGACACAGUCAUGGAAGCUUCUCAAAGAAAUGGCCAAUUCUGUGCAGCACCGGGAGGCUGUGCGCAGGACAACGCCACGGCCUAAAGCUGUGCACGACACCAUUGGUGUAAGCCUCAACAAGGUGAAAUCGAUGCAGAGAAGGAUCGAACACUUUGUGAUGCAUAUGUCAGACCUGCUGCGCAUUGAACGAGAUGUGGAGUUGGAGUUUACACAGGAAGAGCUGAAUGCCACUCCAAUGCUCGACGAUGAUUCUGAGCCACCCAAACCGGUUGAGUACCUAGUGAGCCAUGGUCAGUCUCAGCAGGAGCAGUGUGAUACAAUUUGCAACUUGAAUGUGAUCAGUAGCUCAACUGGAUUGGGAGGCCUGCAUCUGGUUCUAUUCAGAAUUGAAGGCGGGCACAAGCUGCCUCCAACCACACUGUCUCCUGGGGACAUGGUUUGUGUAAGAACAUGUAAUAGCCGUGGUGAAGGAGCAACUUCUUGCAUGCAAGGCUUUGUUUAUAAUCUAGGGGAGGAUGGUUGCAGCAUAACUCUGGCUCUGGAAUCCCGCCAUGGUGAUCCUACAUUCUCCAGGCUAUUCGGGAAAAGUGUGCGCAUUGACCGUAUACAAGGAUUGGCUGAUGCACUUACAUAUGAGCGCAAUCUUGAAGCGUUGAUGAUUCUUCAAAGGAAUGGUUUACAGAAAAGUAAUGCAUCUAUUGGCAUAGUAGCCACUUUAUUUGGGGACAAGAAGGAUGUUAUGAAGAUGGAGCAGAAUCACCUGACUGACUGGGGCGAAUCAAGUGCCCCUGAUCCGAGGAUAUCAGAGAGGUAUGCAUUAGAUGCCUCCCAAUUAAGGGCUCUCUCAUUAGGCCUGAACAAGAAGAGGCCUGUUCUAAUUAUCCAGGGUCCUCCUGGCACGGGCAAGACAGUCUUGCUCACAGAGCUGAUUGUACGUGCUGUCCAACAGGGUGAGAGUGUCCUUGUGACAGCUCCUAGUAAUGCAGCUGUUGAUAACAUGGUUGAAAGGUUGUCAAACACUGGCUUGAACAUUGUGCGAGUUGGAAACCCUGCUCGGAUAUCACCAUCUGUUGCUUCAAAGUCCUUGGCAGAGAUUGUGAAUGGAAGGCUUGGUCAGUUCAGGAAGGAGCUUGAGAGAAAGAAAACCGACUUAAGAAAGGAUCUGAGCUACUGCAUAGAGGAUGAUUCUUUAGCUGCCGGCAUUCGUCACAUGCUGAAGCAACUUGGAAGGGAUCUGGAAAAGAAAGAGAAGGAAACGAUCAGGGAAGUACUCUCUGAUGCACAGGUUGUGCUUUCUACUAACACAGGAGCAGCUGAUCCACUUAUCAGGAGAACGUGCUGUUUUGACUUGGUGAUCAUAGAUGAAGCAGGCCAAGCAAUUGAACCCUCCUGCUGGAUUCCCAUAUUGCAGGGAAAGCGUUGCAUUCUUGCUGGUGAUCAUUGCCAGCUUGCACCAGUAAUUUUGUCAAGAAAGGCCUUAGAUGGAGGGCUUGGUAAAUCCUUGUUAGAAAGAGCUUCGUCAUUGCACAAUGGAUUACUGACUACAACGUUGACAGUGCAGCACAGAAUGAAUGACUCAAUAGCUAGUUGGGCAUCUAAAGAGAUGUAUCAUGGGCUGCUGAAAUCUUCUCGUUCUGUUGCUUCACAAACUCUUGCUGACUCACCAGUUGUGAAGGCUACCUGGAUAACACGGUGCCCACUGCUUUUACUUGAUACUCGAAUGCCAUAUGGGGCCCUGGACACUGGUUGUGGGGAACAAAUAGACCUUGCUGGUACAGGCUCAUUUUACAAUGAUGGAGAGGCAGAUACUGUCACACAACAUGUUCUCAACCUUGUACAUUGUGGAGUAUCUCCCACAGCGAUAGCCGUUCAGUCACCCUACAUUGCCCAAGUGCAGUUGUUAAGAGAGAGGCUAGAAGAAUAUCCAGGGCUUUCGGGGGUUGAGGUUUCCACCAUAGAUAGCUUUCAGGGGAGGGAAGCUGAUGCAGUGGUCAUAUCGAUGGUUCGGUCAAACCCACUGGGAGCUGUAGGUUUCCUUGGUGACAGCAGGCGCAUGAACGUGGCUAUCACAAGGGCAUGCCGGCAUGUCACCGUGGUAUGUGACACCUCUACCAUUUGUCACAGCACCUUCCUAGCAAGGCUCCUCCGUCAUAUCAGGCGAUACGGGCAAGUGAAACAUGUAUUGCCUGGUUCUUUAGAUGGGGUGUCUGGCCUUGGCUUCAGUCAACCCACUCUCCCGUCCAUCAGUUAGCAAGCAUACACAACAAAUGACUUUCCCACAUUAUCAUUCGGUGGACAUGCCCAUCUGAGCAUGUAUGUAUAUAUGCAAAGAGGUAGAAGCUGUAUAUACACAAAGAACUGAAGACUGAGGACCAUAAGCCCCACGUUCGAUUUCUAUCAAACAGUGUUUCACGGAUAGACAUGGAAGAGCUUGAGAUGACACAUGAUGCUGAGCGUAACUGGAGGCAGGAUGCUAGUCAAUCCUGCAUUUUGGAUUGGUGCACAUGAUUGUUUCAGCAGCACUUCCAUUGUGCCAAUCGACAUGUUGCUGAGCGUAACUGGAGGCAGGAUGCUAGUCAAUCCUGCAUUUUGGAUUGGUGCACAUGAUUGUUUCAGCAGCACUUCCAUUGUCCUAUGCAUCUCAAACCUACUGCAUGCUGACGAUGAUUCCUGUUCCCUGUAAUUUCAAAUAGGUUUUUUUUCUUUUCGUUGGACUUUAGGGGCCUCCCUUCAUUGUAAUUAACUCAAACAUAGUUGAAAAGGAUAAACACUGCCCACAAAGGAAAUGUAUAUUAAAUUGACAUUUGAUUUGAAAAUUAAAAAAGGUGCAUUUCAUUUGGAAAUUCCAGAU